GGGAUAUAUGCCGAAUCUCUCUGACCUGGAGAAGUUGAACACGGCGCCGCCUGCCUCGUCGUUGUCGACCGCGUACAUGGGGACCAAACAGCAACCGAGCGAAUCCAGUAUGAGCGUCGUGCAUGAGAAUAACGAUCAUGUAGAAAUCACCAUGGUGCACAUCCCCCCGGGAGCCCGGACGUCCGAGUCCGAAGGACCAGACAACAAACUUGGCCCGAUUCCCACCGCCACCCCAGACAAAAAGCUCAUGCUGGAGCCCCAACAUCAUGACGAGCUAUAUCAGUCCGAAGAGAAAGACUACGUUGAUCCGACGUUGUUUUCCGCCGAAGUAUCGCGGCAUUCCAUCGAAAUUGCCGUCCGCCGUGCGCGAAAUCUCGAGCAAGAGCUUCGGGACAUUGAGAAGAACGCCCCGCCACCGCUACCUCCCCCGACGGUAUCAUACACAUCCGUAAUUGCUACCACCAUCUCGUCCACCGUCCAAAGCGUAAUGAAGCGCAUCACGAGCUCUGCUUCAACAACACAGUACUCGUUGCUCGAGCCGAACGCAUCCUCGUCGGAAGGAAGCAGCGGUAUUGUCGGCGAGCGCGAUAUCGUCGAAGGUGACGGGAUGCAGCUGAGCCCCGUGGGAAACGGCAGAGACAACGACGACAUAUAUCUUCAACACCGGUCAGGUUUACGUCCCGCCCUUCGCAAGAUCUCAGCGUAUGAGAAGCCCAUAUCGUCGGCGAUGUUGUCAUCCGUUCGGACACCGAAAAAGUCGAUUGCUUGGACUCAGCUGCCGCACGAAGUUUCCGACGAAGUCAACGACAUCGCGAUGGAAGGGCAGUCGUUGAUGAACCCCGACCAGAUCAAGAUCACUAUCACAUCAUCCCAGCACGAGCGACCCAAGCGCCAGCAGAAACCAGGGGUCAUCCGCCGCCUCACGCCCGUGGAGAAGGAGGCACUGUACGUACUCCGUCCGGACCUCAAGAUCGUGCCCAACUGGGCGCAAAAGUACCGCGAGGAGAUGACGGGAACGCAUGACACGAUGCAGUGCAACAAUUGGCUCAUGUGCCUCAUUCUGUUUCUCAUGGUGCUGCUCGUGUUUCUCUUUUACAUGAUCGGCGUGACAAAACCCGACGGGAGUUAAGCGACUUGGCCAAUGUAUAUACAUAUAUAUCUCGUGAACAUCGAC